AUGGCUGAGGAGACUUCUGCACAUUUUUCCUUUCCUAGAGAGGAGGAAAAGAUCCUCCAACAUUGGGCUGACAUUGAUGCAUUUCACACUUCUUUAGAAUUAAACAAGGAGAAACCAGCAUUCACUUUUUACGAUGGUCCUCCAUUUGCAACCGGUACUCCACAUUAUGGACAUUUCCUUGCAUCCACCAUUAAGGAUAUUAUUCCAAGAUAUGCUAACAUGAACGGCUACUCUGUCGAAAGAAGAUUUGGUUGGGAUACCCAUGGAUUACCAGUUGAGCAUGAAAUCGACAAGAAGUUAGGUAUUACUUGUAAGCAAGAUGUCAUGGAUUUAGGUAUUGAUAAAUAUAACGAAGAAUGUAGAGCUAUUGUGAUGAGAUACGCAGGUGAGUGGAAGUCGGCUAUUACUAGAUUAGGUAGAUGGAUUGAUUUUGAAAACGAUUACAAAACCUUGUAUCCUUCGUUUAUGGAAUCUGUUUGGUGGGCUUUCAAGGAGUUGUACAAGAAAGACGCUGUUUACAAGGGUCUGAGAGUCAUGCCUUACUCUACCGGUGUCACUACUGCUUUGUCCAACUUUGAGGCUGGUUUAAACUAUAAGGAUGUCAAUGACCCAGCCGUAACAGUUGCCUUCCAGUUAGCUAACGAUGAGAAAACAUUCCUUGUUGCUUGGACUACUACUCCAUGGACCUUACCUUCUAACAUCGCCCUUUGUGUUAAUCCUGAUUUGGAAUAUUCCAAGAUUUUCGAUGAGGAGAAACAAGUUACCUACAUUAUGCUUGAAUCCUUGAUCAAGAACCUUUACAAGAAACCAAAGGAUGCCAAGUACAAAAUCACUGGUACUGUUAAAGGCUCAGAACUUAUUGGUUUGAAAUAUGUUCCUCUGUUUGACUACUUCAAGGACCAAUUCACCGAAACUGGUUUCAGAGUCAUUGGUGCAUCAUAUGUUUCCGAUGAAUCUGGUACCGGUAUCGUCCAUCAAGCGCCUGCUUUUGGUGAACAGGAUUAUGAAGAGUGUUUAGCUAAUGGUGUUAUUAGUGAAAAGGUUUCGCCUCCAAAUCCGGUCGAUGAUGAUGGUAAGUUUACGGAAGAAGUUACCGACUUCAAAGGCAUGUAUGUUAAAGAUGCGGAUAAGGAGAUUAUCAAGAAAUUAACUGCUUCUGGAAAUGUUUUAUUAGCCUCUCAAAUCAGGCAUAGUUAUCCAUUCUGCUGGAGAUCCGAUACUCCGUUGUUGUAUAGAACCGUUCCUUCUUGGUUCGUCAGAGUUAAGGAAAUCAUUCCUCAAAUCCUUGAUUCUGUCAACCAAACUAGAUGGGUUCCUUCCAACAUCAAGGAAAAAAGAUUCUCUAAUUGGAUUGAAAAUGCAAGAGAUUGGAAUGUUUCUAGAAACAGAUAUUGGGGUACUCCAAUCCCAUUAUGGGUAUCUGAUGAUUUUGAAGAAGUUGUUUGUGUGGGCUCCAUUCAAGAAUUGAGAGAAUUAUCUGGCGAUGAUAGUAUUACUGAUAUCCAUAGAGAUAAGAUUGACCACAUCACUAUUCCAUCCAAGAAGGGCAAGGGCCAAUUGAAGAGAAUUGAGGAUGUCUUUGACUGUUGGUUUGAAUCUGGUUCAAUGCCUUACGCUUCGAAGCAUUAUCCUUUUGAAAACGCAGAUCAAUUUGCAAAUGCAUUCCCGGGUGACUUCAUUUCUGAAGGUUUAGAUCAAACUAGAGGUUGGUUCUAUACUUUAUCUGUUUUGGGUACACACUUGUUUGGUAGGGUACCUUACAAGAACGUCAUUGUUUCUGGUUUAAUUUUAGCCGGUGAUGGUAAGAAGAUGUCCAAGAGAUUAAAGAACUAUCCAGAUCCAAACUUAAUUACUUCUAAAUAUGGUGCAGAUGCUUUGAGGUUGUAUUUGAUCAACUCCCCUGUCUUAAGAGCAGAAACAUUGAAGUUCAAAGAGGAAGGUGUCAAGGAAGUUGUCUCCAAAGUUCUAUUACCAUGGUGGAACUCUUACAAGUUUUUAGAAGGUCAAGUUGCUCUAUUAAAGAAGACUGAAGGUAUCGAUUUCAAAUUUGAUCCAUCUUCCAAGUCCGAUAAUGUUAUGGACAGAUGGAUUUUAGCAUCCUUACAGUCUUUGAUUAAGGAUAUCCACGUUGAAAUGGGUGAAUAUAGAUUAUAUACUGUUGUUCCAAGACUAUUGAAUUUGAUUGACCAAUUAACUAACUGGUACAUUAGAUUGAAUAGAAGAAGAUUGAAGGGUGAAGAUGGUAUUCCAGACUGUUUGAAGGCCUUGAAUACCUUAUGCGAGACUUUGUUUACUUUAAACAGACUGAUGGCACCAUUUACUCCAUUUUUGGCCGACACCAUUUAUCAAAAAAUGAAACCAUUGUACACUGGAGAAACUCUGAAGACCUAUUGUGAUGAUGACAGAUCUGUUCAUUUCUUGAGCUAUCCUACUGUCAAUGAGUCCCUAUUUGAUGAAAAGAUUGAAGUUGCGGUUUCUAGAAUGCAAAAGAUUAUUGAUUUAGGUAGAAACAUUAGAGAAAAGAAGACCAUUUCUUUGAAGACACCAUUAAAGGAAUUAGUCGUCUUGCAUUCAGACUCUGACUACUUGAAGGAUGUUGAAUCUUUGAAGAAGUACAUUGUUGAAGAACUUAAUGUUAGAAAUGUCAUCAUUACUUCUGAUGAAGAUAAAUACGGUGUUGAGUACAGAGCCGUUGCUGAUUGGCCAGUUCUUGGUAAGAAGUUAAAGAAGGAUGCAAAGAUUGUCAAGGCAGGCUUACCAAAGUUGACUUCUGAUGAGGUUAAGGAUUUCUUGAAGUCCGGUAAGGUUACUGUUUCUGGUAUUGAACUAACUUCUGAAGACUUGAAUGUCUUGAGAGGAUUACCAGAAUCCAAGGCUUCUGAUGGACAAGAAGCAAGAUCGGAGGCUGAUGUUUUGAUCAUCUUAGAUGUUAACAUUUACCCAGAACUAGAAACGGAGGGUAUUGCUAGAGAAUUAGUUAACAGAAUCCAAAGGUUGAGAAAGAAGUGUGGCUUAGAGCAAACUGAUGAAGUUCAAGUUGAAUAUAAGAUCACCAAGGAUGCAUGUGAUCUUGAAAAAGUUAUCAAAGACCAUGCAGAAUUUUUGCUCAAGACUACCAAGGUCCCAUUACAACACUUCUCUGAAUCGCCAACAGAGGUCAUUGGCGAAGAAGAAGCUUCCAUUAAUGAAACAGUACUUUCCUUGAGACUCUUAAAGUUAUAA